AUGAAGGUGAAGAAAGAUUUGGUGUCAUGGAAUUCAAUGAUACAAGGGUUUGGCAUACAUGGACAUGGUGAGAAAGCAAUCGAGCUUUUCACUAGGAUGGUACACGAAGGUUUUGAGCUUGAUAGGUGUAUGUUCGUCAGCCUUUUAUGUGCCUGCACCCACGCAGGCCUUGUUAACGAAGGGCGUAAUUACUUUUGUUUGAUGGAGAGAGUAUACGGGGUUGUUCCUCAAAUCGAGGAUUACGGUUGCAUGAUUGAUCUUCUCAGCCGUGGCGGGCAUCUAAAAGAAGCUUUUAGGCUUCUGUGCACAAUGCCCGUGAAACCAAAGGCCAUUAUAUUAGGUACUCUUUUGGGUGCUUGUCGUAUGCAUAAUAAUGUAGAACUUGCAAGAGCUGUAUUUGUGAGAAUGAUGCAAGUUUCAUCUAGUGUUCGUGUCUUCACAUGGUUCUCUCUUCAAAAACACUUAGAGGAUAACCUCACCAAUCUCCACAAAUGCACCAACCUUCACUUUGUUAAACAAAUCCACGCUCAACUCAUCAAAUCCUCUCUUCACCAAGACCUUUACAUUGCUCCAAAACUCAUCGCUGCUUAUUCCCUCAAUUCUCACAUAACUUCUGCUGUUAAUGUCUUUAAUCAAGUUCCUAACCCCAAUGUUCAUCUUUAUAACUAUCUCAUUAGAGCACAUGUGAGAAAUAAUAUUGAUAAUAAUGAUGAUUUCAACACUUCUCUUGCUGUUGAAACUUUUUUAAAGAUGCAGGUUAAUGGUGUUUUUACUGAUAAUUUUACUUACCCUUUUGUUUUGAAGGGUUGUAAUGCUCGUAAAUGGUUGAGUUUGGUGAAAAUGGUGCAUGCCCAUGUUGAAAAAUUGGGUUUUUAUGGUGAUAUUUUUGUGCCCAAUUCUUUAAUUGAUUGUUAUUGUAGGUGUGGGAGUGUUGACAUGGCGAUGAGGUUUUUUUUGGGAAUGGAGGAAAGGGAUGUUGUUAGUUGGAACUCUAUGGUUGGUGGGUUGGUUAAAUGUGGUGAUUUUGAUGGUGCUUUGAAACUGUUUGAUGAAAUGCAUGGGAGAGAUAUGGUUAGUUGGAAUACGGUUUUGGAUGGGUUUGCGAAGGCGGGGGAAAUGGAGAAGGCUUUUGAUGUGUUUGAGAGAAUGGGUGAAAGGGAUAUAAUUUCUUGGUCUACUAUGGUUUGUGGUUAUAGUAAAAAGGGUGAUAUGGAUAUGGCGAGGAUGUUGUUUGAUAGGUGUCCUAUGAAGAAUUUGGUGUUGUGGACAACGAUAAUAUCUGGGUAUGCUGAGAAGGGUCAGGUGAAGGAGGCAAUAGGGUUGUAUGAUGAAAUGGAGGAGGCUGGGUUGAGGCCUGAUGAUGGGUGUUUGAUAAGUAUUUUGGCUGCGUGCGCCGAAUUGGGAAUGCUUGGUUUGGGGAAGAAAAUUCAUGAUUCAGUUUAGAAGUGUAGGUUUAGGUGUCGCACUAAGGUGUUGAAUGCUUUUAUUGAUAUGUAUGCAAAGUGUGGUUGUUUGGAUGCUGCUGUUGGUGUUUUUAGCGGAAUGAAGGUGAAGAAAGAUUUGGUGUCAUGGAAUUCAAUGAUACAUGGGUUUGGCAUACAUGGACAUGGUGAGAAAGCGAUCGAGCUUUUCACUAGGAUGGUACACGAAGGUUUUGAGCCUGAUAGGUGUACGUUCGUCAGCCUUUUAUGUGCCUGCACCCACGCAGGCCUUGUUAACGAAGGGCGUAAUUACUUUUGUUUGAUGGAGAGAGUAUACGGGGUUGUUCCUCAAAUCGAGCAUUACGGUUGCAUGAUUGAUCUUCUCAGCCGUGGCGGGCAUCUAAAAGAAGCUUUUAGGCUUCUGUGCACAAUGCCCGUGAAACCAAAUGCCAUUAUAUUAGGUACUCUUUUGGGUGCUUGUCGUAUGCAUAAUGAUGUAGAACUUGCAAGAGCUGUAUGUGAACACCUGUUUAAAUUGGUGCCAUCAGAUCCUGGGAAUUUCUCGCUUCUGUCGAAUAUUUACGCUCAAGCUGGAGAUUGGAUUAACGUUGCCAAUGUACGGUUGCAGAUGAAGAAUCAAGGAGGUCAAAAGCCUUCUGGGGUUAGUUCCAUAGAGGUAGAAGAAGAAGUACAUGAGUUUACUGUACUUGAUCAGUCACACCCUAAAUCAGGUGAUAUAUAUAAUAUGAUUGAUAGAUUGGUACAAGACCUAAGGCAAGUUGGAUAUGUUCCUGGGGUAUGAUGGAUGAAUAUGAUUCUGUUACAUUACUAUGCACAGCUGAAAUGAUACUUGUAGUUCAAGAAAUGAAUACCAUAAUGUAGUCAUGCAGAAUGCUGGUUUACUAUAUGUAAAGAAAUUGUCAUAUUCAUCGCCGCAUUUCACUGGUUUUGCAAAACAAAUGUUGUGUUCAGGGGCCAUGGUUGAAU